AUGCAACGCUUUCGAUCCAACUCGUCAUCAUCGACGUUAGACAGCCCCCUCUCACCGACCUACCUCUCCCACAUCAGUCCUUCACAAUUCACCGCAACCAACACUAACAACGACAAAUUAAGCACAGCAAACGCCAACAUUGUGCCCAACAGCACGCGUCGAGGAGGCCCUAUCAAUAUCUCUGCGCCUUCACUAACCUCACCUCCUUCGAGUCUGCCUCGAUCAGCCUACGACCCUCCACCAACUCCAACUUCUCCACGGCUACCUCAGUCUCCCAUUAGCAGCGCAGCCGGCGCGAUGAAGAAACUCUUGCGGCGGCGACGUGACCACACCGGCGACGAGACUGGACUCGGCAUUGUCGGUGUUAGUAGCGGUGCUAAUAAUAGGAGCACGGGCUACGAAACUGCUAUUAGAUCGCCAGGUGGCCCAGGUUCGAUCCACUCGUUUGUGAUUGUUGGCGGUGAGGGCGCAGUGGCUGCAGGCACCACUAUUUACGAUCUCGAGCCGCCUUCACCCAUUUCCCCGUCAACAGUGUCGACAACACACAUGAUCUCACCCCCGUCAUCAUCUUCCGCUUCUACAUCCUAUUCAUCGACUACUCGCCCCUCCUCUGGCUCUAUGGGCCCCCUUGUCGGUACGACUGGAAUGAUUAGUCCCAGAAGUCCAACCUUUCCUCAGUCGAUGAUGACCCGUUUCUCCGCAGGGAGGGAUCAUCAGCAACAGCACAUGCACAUGCAGCAGCAACAACAGCAACAGUAUCAACAACAACAGCAGCAGGCACUCCCUGCAGCACAUGUAACACCUUCCCCCACUUCAACUUCACCUAUCUCCAUUCCUGUUCGAAGUCGGUCUCGUCAUCCCUCAAUCCCAAACGCCACCACCGCCACUGCUCCUGCUACUUCCCCUCUGGUGUCGGUCAUUAGUUCUCCUGGCCAGGUCCAGUCUUUGUCACUCUCCGCUGCGCACCUUCAUCGACGCCACGAUCGACGUUCCCUCUCGACCGACAACCUCUGGUCUGAUAAACAUCAACCGCCCUCCUCUAUUCAGACUACGGGGUCGAAUCCUUCUGCAGCAGCCAUUGCUCCUGACAUGCCAAUUCAAGUACCUUCUUCUGUCGAUCAACAGCAGCAACAACCAACUGUCUCAUCGAAAUCUUCAUCGCCCGUAUCGUCGGAUCAACAUGGUCAUAUCCAAGGAGAUGUCGAGUUUUUCAAAAAGUCUGUCGAGUUCUUGAGGGCCCACCAUAGCCGCCACAACACCGCUGACGACUGGGCCAACAGAAACAAGCGCAAACCUCAGGUGCCUGUGAGACGCCAGUCCGAGUCUUGUCUGUUGGACAGGAUUGUCGAUAACCAUAUCAACGACAGGGACAGCUCUUCCAACACCAACAACAGGAGGACGGCUAUCCUGUCAUCGUCUGCCCCUACCAAUGAGGAGGGUGAGGACAAUGAGGCGGAGGAACCUAGAGCGUUCGGGCCUGGCAGUUGCUGGAAGGAUCUUGACCCGACAUAUCCGAGUAUGAUGGACUUUAGCCAGCUUGUUGACGAUAGCAAUCGAUCGUUGCUCUCCUCUGUCGACAUCAUUCUCAUGCCGACCAUCUCGUCUCCCACCCGGUACUACGACUGUCCCCUAUCUCGAAAACUCGUGUGCACAUACCUGACCUCCAAGGGCCGCGAAUUUGACGAGAUGAUCGAGUUUGGAUUCCCCUUGACCUCCAUUGUCGAUGACAAUAAGACCUUGUCGCCUUCGUCUUCGAGGGAUUGUCGCUUCUUGACACUGAGAUUGACAUUGACACCAUGGCAUGCUCGCGCGGACGAAGCCAAGCUGUAUGGAUCGGAUGAUGCUGCCGUUGUUGCUGCUGCUGCUAUGCCGAUCAAAGAUAUGGUCAACAAGUUUUUGUCGAGGACUUCUGCCAAGCUGUCGUGCUCACCCCCGCGCAUUCUGUCGCUCCUGCCUGACCGCAAGCUGAGUCUCACUCCCGAUUCGUCCUUGGCCCAUCAACAGCAGAACUCAUCUUUGGACGGCGGUGCUGCUUCCCCUUCGUCAGCAACAUUUCCAUCCAUCUCUCAAACGCCUCGCAACUUCUUCGAUAUGUCAGCAGGCACAGCCACCACUACCUCGCAAUCUAGCUCUUCUCAGCUCCCACCCUCUGGUCCCAGAAGCGCCAAGAUCACCAACAGCGGCGCUGUUUCUCCUGCGGCUACAGGAGGUGCUCUCCCCCCUUAUCGAGACAAAGGCCUCUGCAUCAUGGGUCCUUCGAUCAUGUCCGCCCCGAUCCCACUCUCGCUUUCAACUGCUUCGCCAUCUCCAUUGUUGAGAACAGUCAACUCUGCCGACUAUCUGAGCAUUGAUCCUUCUUCUCCUGUGAUAAUGUCGUCCCCACCCUCGACACCAUCACCUACGACUGCCUACUCUUACCAAACGCAACACCCUUACAGCCAACAGCGCCUCUUACCUCCUCGCAAAGGUUCCUUGUCAGCCAUGUCCAGCUAUUACUCUCAGCAGCAGACACUUUAUUCGACUGGCUCUUUUGACGACUUGACUUCUCAGCUGUCACCUCCACCCGCUGUUCCUGCACGUCGCAAGGCUUCCUCCCCCGCCAUCUUCAACACCACCCCUACUGCGACAGCCGUUGGUGUCUAUCCUGGCAAUAACAACAACGACAGCAGCAGCAACAACAACAUCACUCAUAGCCCUCGUUACCAGCACCUCGCACCAACCCCUCCUCCCGAAAUGAUGAACCCCUCACCCCGAUCCAGAUCCACAACCCCCUUGGUCAACACCAUCAACAAUAACAACAGAUCCAACAAAUUCUCAACCUCGCCUCCCUCGCCUCAACCCAUGCCUGAUCUCACAGCUACUACAACCACAGCGACUCCAAUCCCAAUCCCAGGCGCCAGCAGCGGAUACCCUCACCACCGGCCCCCCAUCUACGGCACCAGCACACCAUCACCACCUGUAGUUAACACUGCCCCAUCAACCACUUGGUCAGAAACGGAUGUCUAUGGAGCACCUUCUGCCCGGAUCGCCCGUCCGCGCCGACAUGAUUCGCCUGAGCAGCUUCACUCUCACUCCCACUCCCACUCCCUUCAGCAGCAGCAACAGGCUAUGUCAUCUCCUCCAUCUUCAGCCUCAGAUGGUGCCACGGAUGCCUACCGAAUGUACAUUUCUCGGACGCAAUACGCUCCACCUGUCAAUAGCCAUUAA